AUGAAGAAAAAGAAGAAAUUACCGUAUACUCUUUUCUUUUUCUUUAUCUUUUCUCUUCUUUUUCUCUUUCUUCUUCAAGAUAUUUAUAAAAAUCUCUUUCUCGCCACUGUUGAUUUCAUUUGGUUGAUGCUUUUCCCCCUUCCUUCUUCUUCCUUAGAAUUCCUCUUUUCUUCUUCUUUUGAAUCCUUCUUCUUUUCUUUUCUUCUUCUUCUUUUCUUUUCUUCUUCUUUUUCUUUUCUUUUCUUCUUCUUCUCCUUUUCUUUUCUUCUUCUUCUUCUUCUUCUUCUUUUCUUUUCUUUUUCUUCUUCUUCUUCUUCUUUUCUUUUCUUCUUCUUCUUUUCUUUUCUUCUUCUUCUUCUUCUUCUUUUCUUUUCUUCUUCUUCUUCUUCUUCUUCUCCUUCUUCUUUUCUUUUCUUCUUCUUCUUCUUUUCUUUUCUUCUUCUUCUUCUUCUCCUUUUCUUUUCUUCUUCUUCUUCUUCUUCUUCUUCUUCUUUUCUUUUCUUCUUCUUCUUCAUCUUCUUCUUCUUUUCUUUUCUUUUCUUCUUCUUCUUUUCUUUUCUUCUUCUUCUUCUUUUCUUUCUUUUCUUCUUCUUCUUCUUCUUCUUUUCUUCUUCUUCUUCUUCUUCUUCUUUCGAAUUUUUCUUUUCUUCUUCCUUCGUAUUCAUUUUAUUCUCUUCUUCUUCAUCGAAUUCUUCUUUCUUUCGAUUUCAUCUUAUUCUCUUUUUCUUCUUCCUUCGAACUCUUCUUUUCUUCUUCCUUCAAAUUCUUCUUUUUCUCCCCCUCCUCCUCCUCCUUCUUCUUCCUACGAAUUCCUCUUCGAAUUAUUCUUUUAUUCCCCCUUCGAAUUCUUCGAAUUCUUCUUCUUCUUUCCAAUUCUUCUUCUUUGUCUUCUUCUUUCGAAAUCUUCUUCUCCUUCUUCUUGCUCUUCUCCUUCCUUCGAAUUCUUCUUCUUCUUCUUCUUCUUUCAAAUUCUUCACCUUGUUGUGA